UUCCUCAAGUCAGACCUUCUCUGAUACAGAGGGUGGAUAAAAGCUUCGUUUCUGUGAAUGUGACAUUUUUUAUUCUAGACUGAGAAAGAAUGUGAAUAUAUGUAAGACUGGUAUUAAUGAUAUGGAUGGGAUCUAACUGAGGACCCAAUUCUGCCUUAUGUUCCUCUGAUCCAUCAUCAGCUGUGUGUAUAUGAGUGUGUGAGAGUAUCUGGAACUGUCAGGAUCAUGAGCUCAAAGGGGACAAGCUUGCACCACAAACGCCUGCCAUCUGAAACUGACCUCGCUCUGAGGGUGCCAGAGAUGGAUACAGCCCAGCAGUUGAAGCUUAGAGAAAGGCAGCGCUUUUUUGAGGAGGUGUUUCAACAUGAUGUGGAUGUUUAUUACUCCUCAGCGCAUCUGCAGAUAGACUACAUGAGGGCUCCAAUGAGCAGCAUCUCAUCCAUGGAGGUAAAUGUGGACAUGUUGGAACAGAUGGAACUUUUGGACAUUUCAGAUCCAGAGGCUCUGGAUGUGUUUCUUGCUUCAACUGAAGAUGAUGACACAACCCUAUCCCAACUACCAGCUGACGGCUGCAGCGAUAAUGAUGCACUAAAUGAAGAAAUCUCCCUAAGAGUCCCUGACCCUUGUGAGUACAAAUCCCGGAUCUCCUCCACCUCCUCUACUUCCACCAAUGACAGCCAAGGGGAGGAUGGAGCAGAAACACCCGUGGUCCAGUCAGAGGAUGAGGAUGAUGCUGAUCUGCUGGUAAUGCGUACACCUCCAGCCAGUGAUGGAGAAAGCCAAACUGAGUUGGGACUAUGAGCUGGUGCUUAUUACUACUGAUGGAUCGGACCUAGUGGUCAUAUAUUGACUGUUUUUGGUAGGCUGACUGGUUGUGGAUGUACACAUGUAUACCAAAAAUGCUAGCAGAAUCAUCAUUGUAUGCAUGUCGUUCUUCCUCUUUACCUGAACUGCUGCUGUGGAUUAUGAGGCUUACGGACAUUUUCAUACAUGCCACAUUCUUCAAUUAUAUGUUCAUUAACUGUUGUUUAGAGGAGUUUUAAAACAUAUGUAUCAUUUAUACUAAUACUAAGUGUAGCACUUCUGUUGGUAGGUGAAAACUACCCAUUAUGGUACGUUAUUUUCCUGUCAUUCUUUAUCACUAUAAUUUCAAGGCUUUAAAUCAUGUCUUUACGAUGUUUAAUAUUUUCUUAUCAAAAAUAAGUGUUUCACGAACCAUAAAGAAAUAAAGAUUACACAAGAGCACCUUACCCAGAGGAUUGUCCAGAGGGCUACAUGACACCUUAAGAAAAAUGAUAUUAUAAGCCAUCCUAAAGAAACCAGCUUACUGUGACUUUAUUUACCAAACAUCAAAGAUGACAUUAGUUAUGAAUAAAGGUACAAUGUUUGGCCCCCUUAUUACUGAAAUUGUUUAUAUUUUCCUUUUGACACAAAUUCCCACAGUCAUGGUUGACUAUGCAAAAAUUCCUUUUGUAAAACUGCAACAAUUAAUGUCCUCAUUUCACAAAUUAAUUAAGUGUAAUUAAUAGAAGGUAAUAACACAGCUGUAAACAUACUCUGUCCCAAUGCUUUUGAGUGUGUUGCAGGCAUCAAAUUCUAAAUUUCUUUAUAUGGAAACAUUGCAAAUCUUUGUACUUUUGUCAGUUUAAUAAAGAUUCAGAAGAAUUAACAA